UGCCAAUUCCUUCCCUUGCCCUUGCUUUUUUUCUUGGAGAAGAAGAGAAGAGGGGGGACAAAAGAGGGAGGCCGCCGUCUCCAACUCCAAGCCGCUGCUUUCGCCGCAUCCCUCCUCCUCCUCUCGAUCUGAUUCGGAGCGAGAUCAACAGCAAGCCAAGAUGCAUUCGACGAAUCUCCUGCUCGAGGAGCCCAUCCGCAUGGCCUCAAUCCUCGAGCCAUCCAAGACCAGCUUCUUCCCGGCGAUGACGAAGAUCGUUGGGACGCUCGGGCCCAAGUCGCGCUCCGUCGACACCAUCUCUGCCUGCCUCAAGGCCGGCAUGUCCGUUGCGCGGUUCGAUUUCUCGUGGGGAGACGCCGCCUACCACCAGGAGACGCUCGAGAACCUCAAGCUCGCCAUCAAGGCCACCAAGAAGCUAUGCGCCGUCAUGCUUGAUACUGUCGGCCCCGAGUUGCAGGUGGUGAACAAGAAUGAAACACCAAUUUCCCUUGAGGAGAAUGGCACUGUUGUUCUCACACCUCAUCAGGGGCAAGAAGCCUCCUCCAGCUUGCUGCCCAUCAACUUCUCCGGACUCGCCAAGGCUGUGACACCGGGCGCAACAAUAUUUGUGGGGCAAUACUUGUUCACCGGCAGUGAGACUACUUCAGUUUGGUUGGAGGUUUCUGAAGUUCAAGGAGAUGAUGUGGUCUGUAUAAUCAAGAACACAGCUACAUUGGCUGGGUCACUGUUCACACUGCAUUGCUCCCAGAUUCAUAUUGACUUGCCAACGCUAUCUGAUGAGGAUAAGGAUGUUAUCAGAAAAUGGGGUGCUCCAAAUAAGAUUGACUUUCUCUCUUUGUCUUACACAAGGCAUGCUGAAGAUGUGCGGCAGGCACGGGAGUUCCUCUCAAAAUUGGGCGAUCUCAGCCAAACUCAGAUUUUUGCCAAAAUUGAGAAUGUUGAGGGCUUGAACCAUUUUGAUGAAAUACUGGCAGAGGCAGAUGGUAUCAUUAUGUCAAGAGGAAACCUUGGAAUUGAUCUUCCACCUGAGAAGGUCUUUUUGUUUCAAAAGUCUGCUCUGCACAAGUGCAACAUGGCUGGAAAGCCUGCUGUUGUCACUCGUGUUGUGGACAGUAUGACUGACAACCUCAGGCCUACUAGGGCGGAGGCAACCGAUGUGGCAAAUGCAGUACUUGACGGGAGUGAUGCCAUUCUCCUUGGCGCUGAGACUCUCCGUGGUUUAUAUCCAGUUGAGACUAUUUCAACAGUGGGCAGAAUUUGUGCUGAGGCUGAGAAAGUAUUCAACCAAGAUUUAUACUACAAGCGAACUCUGAAAUAUGUUGGGGAACCGAUGACGCACUUGGAGGCCAUUGCUUCCUCAGCGGUGCGAGCUGCUAUCAAGGUUAAGGCAUCUGUGAUCAUUUGCUUCACCUCUUCUGGACGGGCUGCAAGGCUAAUUGCGAAGUACAGGCCCAGCAUGCCUGUUCUUUCUGUUGUCAUUCCUCGUCUAAAGACAAACCAACUGAAGUGGAGUUUCACCGGUGCUUUUGAGGCAAGACAAUCACUUGUAGUUAGAGGCCUCUUUCCGAUGCUUGCUGAUCCACGGCAUCCAGCUGAAUCUACCAGCGCUACAAAUGAGUCAGUUCUGAAGGUUGCUCUUGACCACGGCAAAGCCUCUGGUGUGAUCAAGUCUCAUGACCGUGUAGUUGUUUGCCAGAAAGUGGGAGAUUCAUCAGUUGUGAAGAUCAUUGAGCUGGAUGACUAGACGCAUGUUCACUACUAGGACAUAUUUUGCCGAUUUUUGCUGAGCCAAAACUUGCUGUCUAUGUAUAAUCAUAUAGCUUCGCAGAAUGAGCAGUUUUUCCUAUGGUGUCAUCAUAGGAUUUGCUUUGCAGUUUAAAACUCGUACGGCGCAGUUUGGAAGUUGUUUUAAUUACCCGUAGCAACUUAUUGGCAAUUUGCUAGUACUGUACCACCUAAAUGGGCAGAUGGAACAAUGAGAUCAUACUGUACCCUUUAUCCUUCUAUAUUGUUUGACCUGAGCCUGUUUUCCCCUCA